AUGAAUAAUAAAGAUUAUUUGAAAAAAUAACUGGAAUACAAAUCUAAUCUUGUAGGAUAAGGAUUUCAUACAUAAUUAGAGGACAAUAGACAUGCAUGUGUGAACAUAUUUGGUGAAAUAUUAGAGGCUUCAAAUUUUGAUAAUAGUUAACUUUUUCUAUAAUGGAAAUUCAAAAUCCCUCCUGGAUGGGAUUUAGAUGAUAAUGAGUUAUUAGAGUUAGAUUAAAAAGAAUACGAAGAAAUAUAAUUAGAAGAAUGGAAUAGAAUGUACUUAUUCACUGCUAAUAUUUCAGAUAGUCUAUAACACAAUAAUCAAAAGUUAAUACAAUAAAAAAUGAUGAUGGUACUAUUACAUCUAAAGCUCAUUUUUGUUUUCCUUUUGACUUAUAAUUACAAGUAGAUGAAAACGAAUUAAAUUUUGGUAAAUUUCCAUAACUUCUUGUGUAAGUGAGUUCAAUGGAUUCAUGGGAAAGAAAUUAUAUAUAAGGUUAUGGAUUUAUUGAAAUCCCUCAUACUCCAGGAUUUCAUGAACUUACAUUAAAAACCUAUAGACCUAAUGAUGAUCUUUACACUAGAGUAUAUGAAUUCUUCUUAGGAGGAGGCACAAAAGUCAAAGAUUUAGAUUCAAUAUCCAAUUCUGUUUAUUUUGAUAAACAAAAUCAACCAAAAGUUUUAAAUAGAUUUCCAAUUGAUACAGAAAGUUCAGGAGAUAUAAAAAUAAGAGUUAAUGUUUCUAUAUAAAGAGAGUAUUAAUUUUAAUUAUAAAUGUAGAUCCUAUUAAACAAUGAGUAGAAAGAAGGAUUACCAAUAAAAAAAUUAAGAAAUGAAAACCAAAUAUAGGGAAAGAUUGGAAUAUCUAUAAUAAUAAUAGGAAAUAUAGACAGGAUUACCCACAGCAUUAAUUAAAACUGAUAUGGGUUAUGUGAAUAGAUUUCAUACAACUAAUUUACCAUAAUAUUGA